AUGGCGAGGGCGACGACGAUGACCAAAACACGCACUGUGCAACACGAAACUAUCUCGGUCCCGGUGUUGACAUAUACCGAUGCCCUGCCCCGGGAUGACCUCCGCGAUAUCAAUCCAUCGGAGCGCCAAAUCAAUCAUGCCAAACAGUGGGCUUUCCCGCCCACGAGAGUGGCAGACAAGGAGUCGAAGGAGUCUUGUUCCAGUGCGAAAUUCGAUUUUCAACUAACAGCACCACCCGAUGAACCCACUCCUACAACUGCGACAUCAAUCCGGAGCCCUGUAGGCUCACAUACGAUAGGCAUUGCUCUGGGGAGUCCAGGAUUGAUGGGUUCUCCGGAAGCAUUGCCUCCACCACGUUUUAAUACUGGCAUUUUCAAUGAAGGGUCGGAACAGCCGCGCAAGUCGAGCAAAUGGAAGAAGAUUGGCGGGCUGUUCAGAGCGAAGAAUGCUUUAACAUCGCCCACGACCACUCGACCGACUCCUUCAAAGGACAUGGAACCAAAGGAGAAACCGAAUACGAACAAGGCAACCAGAAAAGAAGAUGGCAGCGAGGAAUGGCCCAAGAUUGAAGUCGAGCCCAUAGUCGGGAAUUACACCAGUCCGAAACGAAGUAGGAAGUUUUCUAUGUCCGGCAGAAAGGAUUCGAAGGACAAAGGCAUUUGCAGUCCCAUGCUGGAUGUCAACAUCCCGGAUGUGCAGAUGGAACGCUACAGCGUCAUGUUCAGUAAUGUCAUGAACAAAAAUCACAAGCCCUCACUGCUGGCCAGGAGGAGCAAGACCCUGGACAAUCUACGUGUACCCAGUGCUCAGGAAUUCCUGACUGCCAAGGUACCCCCAGUCCCACAACGACGAGCCACCUCACCAGCACAUACACGAUCAAGCUUUACACUAUUCCCCGCUGCACAGCCAUCCAGGGCCCAAGUUGUCGGCACGCAGAACUUCUCCCGAGGCCCAAGUCCAUUGCUGAGAUCCAAUACGCUUCCCGUGAGCCCGAAAGCAUCACCAUCACCGCGGGAUCUACCACGCCCACUUAAUAAUAAUAGCCUUUCUUCCUUUGAAUCACCCGUCAUUCCCAAAUUAUUUUCCGGCGGCUCCAAUACCCCAGUUUCAGCAAGCAGUUAUCGCAGAGAAGACAAGCCUCUUCCAGCUAUCAAGCCCGAGCCACCGGUUGCUCGAUCGCGAACUGUGUCACCGCAGGUCCAGGUCCCUCAACCAAGGCGAACUCAAUCAGACAGGAAUAUGAAAUCAGUGCACCAAGUUGUCCAGCCCGAAAGGUCUGCAACCGAACCAACGCGUCCCAUCAAACCGACUCUGAAAGUCCAGACCGAGCUCAGAGGACCACCGCUUCCAGCGAAGGACAGGGUAACGCCUAAAUCAGCAUCAGCUCUGUCAGCCAAGAUGACAACAAGGGAACACGUGAACCGUAUAAUGUCACCAGCCAUUGUUCAAUCGCCCAUGGAAAUAAAGUCCGCUCCAGCAAAGGAGAUCAAAGCUUUUCCAGUAAAGGCCUCGAAACCCGUGGUCACAGAACGCGAAAUCAGCAGCCCGGUCAGCCAGCCCAGGAAGAAAGUCUCAAAGAUCGAAGUCUCAACCGCACGUUCUAUCUCUGUGUCAAAGGGAAAGAGACAGAUUCUUGUUCCAAUUGGGGCACGAAUGGAACAAUUGAAUCCGAAUGAGCGUCUCGUUGAACAAAGAGCUAUGACGCCGACUAUCAUGGAUGUGCAAUAUGGGCAUCGACAUGGUGCUUCUCAAGAGCUGCAGAUUGAGUCGAUAUGA